AUGAAGGCUCUCAGGGGGAGGUGGUGGUGGUUUGUGCUCCUCUUUGUGGCUGCAGCUUGGGCACAGGAUGCCCAGGGUAAGGAGCUGCUUGGAGUCUCUGUUACGUGUGGCCAAGACUGGCUCUCGGUGGCAGUGCCAACCAGCCUCCUGGGGAGCCACCUGGCCCGUGGGGAGCUGACACUGGGAUCUGGCUGUGGGGUGACUGCUGCUGAUGGGGACAGGUACUGGCUGGAGCACCCACUCGUGGGCUGUGGCACAACGCUGGAGCUCCUUCCAGACAGCAUCCACUACAGCAAUGUUCUCCACUACCAGCCUCUGACUGGGAAGCCUGUGGCUCGUUCCAGACCUUUCUCCCUCCCUGUGGACUGCUCCUACCCACGGGUGGGCAAUGUUUCCUCCAGAGCCCUCCAGCCCAACUGGAUCUCCUUCAGCUCCACCGUCGCCCACCGCAGACGCUUGCGCUUCGCCCUGGAUGUGUACGACAGUUCCUGGUCCUCCCAGCUGCUCCAGCCCCCCAGAUAUUCCCUGGGGGAGCUGAUCAACGUCGAGGCCUCAGUGGACACCAACCAUCAGCUCCCCCUGAGGGUCUUUGUAGCUGAGUGUGUGGCCAGCCCCAGCACAGCAGAGUGGCUCAGACAUGAGGUCAUCACUGAUGAUGGGUGCCUGCUGGAUGGGCAGCUUGGGCGUUCUCGCUUCCUACCCCAGCAUGGAAACAGCUCCCUCCGCUUCCAGCUGGACACCUUCCUCUUCCCCAACGCCUCUGGGAGCCAGGUCUGUGCCAACAGGCUCUACCUCCGCUGUCACCUGAAGGCUGUGGCACCAGCUGCUGGUGGCAUCUUGGGCAAAGCCUGUUCCUAUGAUCCUGUGGGAGGUCUGCUGGGAGAAGCCACCGUCCUCCUCGGCCCUUUGGAGCUCCUCUCCGCUCUCCCCAGCUCAUCCCCAGGGAACUGCACGGCGCCGGAGGCCAGCAGGAUGCCGUCUGCUCGCCCCUCGGUCCCCGCGAUGCGGGGCCAGGAGAGGGACUCGAGGCCAGCUGCCCCUGGCACCAUGGUGGCCAUGUGCUGCGUCCUGCUCGCCGUGAGCCUGGCUGGUUGCUACUGCUCCGUGCGGCGCCACCGAGCUGGGGACCCUGAGGCGGCCCUGGGGGAGCCCCAGGCUGUGGCCAUGGCCUCCACGGCCCCCACUGAAAACCACAGCACCCCCAGGACCUGCCCUGCUCCUGUGGUGGACCCUUCCAUGGUGUGA